AUGGAGAGCUGUUGGACGGAGGAGACGACCGCGCGAAAUAGCAAGUUGGAAGAUGCGUUCCAAAUACCUAAGAUCCUCAAUAUGAAGAUAGAACCGCUGUUUUCCUUGCCGCCGGAGUUGAUGAACGCUAAGAGAUACAAGAGAGAAGGCGGGCUAAUUAAGCGAAAGGAAAAGGCGCAGAAACUCUACGAGAGUUCUUACACAGCGGAGCGGCUUCGCAAGGAGAGCUUCCGCAGAUUUAUGGUGGGUUUAAUAGUGAAACCGGAGCUGCCGGAGGUGAGCGUGGACCUAAGCGACGAUAAGGACGUCAACCGUUAUUAUUAUUACAUCUGCAACGGCGUUGAUACAAUUAACACGGCGAGUAUCGGCCAAGAUUGCAUCGACGCGAUACUCGCUUUGGUCCCCGGCACUUUGCGCGAACGAUUUCCCGAUUUCGCCGAUAAUUUGAUGUACGAGAUCAAGGAGGACUUCACGAGGAACAUCAAGAAAGCCGUCGUCGAGUUCGCGCUCGCGAAUCCUUUCGAGGACUAUCCCUCCGAGUUCGACGCGAUUGAGGUGGGCGAUCAGCAGCAAACCGUUCGGUCGGAUUUGCGAAAACACAUCGUGUACUGUCGCGAGAUCCUGCGCGCCGAUUUGCACCUGGUAAAUCCGUGCAUGCGAAUGACCCUGGAGCAUUGGGUGCGCGAUUACAGCGAAUUUCGCCUGAUCAAUAUGAAAGGUAUCGUCGUGCACAAGGGAAGCUGGGAUUUGGCGGACUUCAACAGCUUGAUCGUCCGUCAGAUCGCCGACAACCAGCGGAUUCUUAGCAAGUCCUGGUACCUCGGGAUCCAAGAGAUAUUUCUCGUGAACAAUAGGAAAAAUCUGGUGCCCAGCCCAUUGCGACGUAAGCAGUUCAGAAAGUUCUUCGAUUGCGCUGCCGGCCUGAUGGAGUCGCAGCUUUUAAACGCCUGCAAGUACUCCCUUCGGGAUUUCGUUAAUUACAUCGUGCACGGUAAGCCAACGGUCUGCAGCUUUAAGCUGAACGUCGUCGUCGAGUCCAAUGAGAUCGUCUUCGAGCCGUCCUUCGACAAAUUUAAGGAAUCGCUUUGCAACAUUCUCGAGAUGAUAUGCGACGCAGCGAGGAAUUUCGAGAGAUUGGAGACGCAGCUCUACCUCGACUGGGCGGGUCCGCAAGAAUUCCUUAAGCCGAAGAUCUCGCAGCCCAUCGUGGAGCGUUUCAAGACGCAGAUAAGAGAGCUGAUCGACUGCGAGAGAAUAAUCCCGGAGCAGAAGAUGACCGAGCUGAGGAAAUGCUACAUCUAUCUCUGCGACGGCGAGGAACUGGCCCGGGCGGAAGUCUUCCUGCUCGACGAGAACAGGAAGCUGAACGAGCACGGCGAGAAAAUUAAGCACUACCACGAGCUGGCCGGUCGGAUCGCGAUGGACGUCGAGAGGACGGUAUUCGUGGGUUUCUUCGAAAUUUCCCACACGUCCUUUGUCGACACCGUCACCGGCAACAUCGAGCACUUCAAAGGGCUCUUGCUUCGUCAUCUCGUCGACAAAUAUCAGACCAUCACGAAAGGCGUUGUGACGGAAUACGAGGCCAUAAUUGAGCAAAUCUUGACCCCGCCUCUCAAUACCGCGGCUCUGAUGGAACUCAUCGGGUUCGCGCAGACGAUCAGUGACGUCACGAUGAAGAGCCUGGAGCUCAAGCUGAUGGACACAAUCGUGCACAUCGUAUUUUUGUCGGACUAUUGGCUGCUCACCGAGAGUGAGAUCAGUAUUAACAGCAGGGCCUUCCAGUUGUACCACAGGAUGCCCCAGGUUUUCGAGGACAAUCGGAUCAUCAUCGAGACCAAGACGCUGGAAUUUCAAGAAGCGCUGAGAGUCAGAUACCAGAAGUUCGCGGAAGAGUUGGAUUCCUAUGAGAAACAGUUGGACGAGAUGCAAUAUUGGGGCGACAUCGACGAGAUAUAUCGUUACCAGCGCAAAGCGCAGCUCCUAGAGGAACAGUUGAUCGCGGCGAUGCAGAAAAUCGACAGGUUCAACGAGGAGGAGGUCUCCUUCGGCUGGGAAAUCACGCAGUAUCCUCUGCGGAAGCAAAUCGCGGACGGUCUGCAGCCGUUCAAGAAGCUCUUCGACAGCGCCUGCGAGUUCCUCACGAAGCAUGACAAAUGGAUAAAUAGCAUGAUCGGCACGUAUUAUCCCGAGGACAUCGACAACGACAUGGGCAACUUCUACAGGUCGAGUUUCGUGACUUGGAAAAGUUACAAUAAAUAUUACAAAAAAAUUGUAUAAAAGCAGGACAAGAUCUACAAGCUGGAGAAAGCGUUCCAUGAACCGGAUGUGCGAGAACUGGCGCUCACGGUUCGCGAGAAGAUCGAGGAUUUCCGGAAGUAUAUGCCGGUGAUAAUGACGCUGGGUAAUCCCGGCAUGAAGCUGCGGCAUUGGGAGCAAGUUUCGGCGAUCGUGGGUAUCCCCAUCAAGUUCGACCCCGACCUGACCUUAGGCAAGGUGCUGGCUAUGGAGCUGGAGGCGUACAUCAGCCAGUUCGAGGUCAUCUCCGAGGUCGCGACGAGGGAGAGCGCUCUGGAGAACGCUAUCGACAAGAUGCAGAAAGAAUGGGCCGAUUUGGCAUUCACGGUGAACCCGUACAAAGACACCGGCACCUUCGUCAUCGCCGGUGUCGACGACAUACAGCUCCUGCUCGACGAUCACAUUAUGAAAACAGUGACCAUCAAAAAUUCCCCGUACAUCAAACCCUUCGAGACCAGAAUAAUAAAAUGGGAGAAAACGCUGCACUUGCUGCAGGACAUCCUGGACCAAUGGCUGAAGGUCCAGGGUGUUUGGAUGUACCUCGAGCCGAUCUUUACCUCGCCGGACAUUCAGCAACAAAUGCCGGAGGAAGGGAGGAAGUUCUCUACGGUCGAUAAAAUAUGGCGGGACAUUAUGAAGAACGUCCAGAGCGACCCGCGCGUACUCGUCGUCGUCGAGAUCGACAAGAUGCUGGAGCGGCUCAAGAAGAGCUUCCUGCUGUUGGAGCAAAUUCAAUUGGGCCUGAACGAUUACUUGGAGAGAAAGAGACUCUACUUCCCCAGGUUCUUCUUCCUUUCCAACGACGAGCUGCUGGAAAUCCUGUCUGAGACGAAGGAUCCAACACGGGUGCAACCGCACUUGAAAAAGUGCUUCGAAGGCAUAGCGCGAUUGAGAUUCAACGAGGACCUCGAGGUGCUGUCAAUGCAGUCUUCAGAAGGCGAGGUGGUCGAUCUCACGGAGAUCAUAUCGACCUCCGCCGCUAGAGGACAAGUGGAGAAGUGGCUGGUCGAGCUCGAGUCUGAGAUGCGGAAGAGCGUGCGGUACGCCGUGCACCAGGCGAUACUGGCGUAUCACGAGGAGGAAAGGACUGUCUGGGUGUUGCAAUGGCCCGGCCAGACUGUCCUCUGCGUAGGUCAGACGUACUGGACGCAACAGGUCGAGGAAGCCAUGCCUAAGGGGGUGGAAGGCUUGAAGAGAUACUUGGAACAGUCCCAGCAGGAGCUGCAUGACAUUAUCCUGCUGAUACGAGGAACCCUCUCCAAGCAGAACCGCACCACUCUCGAGGCUUUGGUUACGCUGGAUGUACACAGCAAGGACGUCCUCGAGGCACUGCACAGGGACGGAGUGGUGAAGAAUACUGACUUCCAGUGGCUGUGCCAAAUGAGAUAUUAUUGGAUGGAGGACAACAUGCGGGCGUACAUGAUCAAUUCUUACCAACGCUACGGCUACGAGUACCUCGGCAACACGACUCGACUGGUGAUCACCCCGCUGACCGAUCGGUGUUACCGUACGCUCUUCGGCGCGCUCAGCCUUUACCUGGGUGGCGCGCCCGAAGGACCGGCCGGUACCGGUAAGACGGAGACGACGAAGGACCUCGCGAAGGCAGUAGCCAAACAGUGCGUCGUCUUCAAUUGCUCCGAGGGCCUCGACUACCUCGCGCUCGGCAAGUUCUUCAAAGGACUCGCCUCCUGCGGCGCCUGGUCCUGCUUUGACGAGUUCAACCGCAUUGACCUGGAGGUUCUGUCGGUCGUGGCGCAGCAGAUCCUCACGAUCCAGCGCGCCAUUAACGCCGGCCUUGAGAAGAUGGUCUUCGAAGGCACCGAGAUCUACUUAGACCCCACCUGCGCCACCUUCAUCACCAUGAACCCGGGAUACGCCGGCAGAUCGGAACUGCCGGACAAUCUCAAGGCCCUCUUCCGACCAGUCGCCAUGAUGGUGCCCGAUUACGCACUCAUCGCGGAGAACACCCUGUACUCGUACGGAUUCUACAACGGCCGACCGUUGGCCGUGAAGAUCGUCACAGCUUAUAAGCUCUGCUCGGAGCAACUCAGCAGUCAGCAUCACUAUGAUUACGGUAUGCGGGCGGUUAAGUCCGUCUUGAUCGCGGCUGGUAACCUGAAGCUGCGCUAUCCCGAAGAGUCCGAGGAUAUUCUCAUGCUGAGGAGUAUUCUGGACGUCAAUCUGCCGAAGUUCUUGAUCCACGACCUGCCGCUCUUCGAAGGUAUAGCCUCGGACCUCUUCCCCGGCGUAAUCCUGCCGACGCCGGAUUAUACGCACAUCAACGCGUGCACGCGGGAAGCCUGUGCCGAGGCGAACCUGCAGUGCACGGAUUUCUUCCUGGAGAAGAUCCAGCAGAUCUACGAGAUGAUGAUCGUGCGACACGGCUUUAUGCUCGUCGGCCUGCCGUUCGGCGGCAAGACCUCGGCGUACAAAAUGCUGGCGGAGUGUCUGAGACUGCUGGAGAGCAGGCAGCUGAUGGACGAGCAUCGCGUGGAGAUCACCGUGAUCAAUCCCAAGGCCGUCACCAUGGGCCAGUUGUACGGCCAGUUCGACCCCGCCUCGCACGAGUGGAGCGACGGCAUCCUCGCGGUGUCUUAUCGCGCCUUCGCGACCUCCACUAAUCUCAACAGGAAGUGGCUCAUCUUCGACGGGCCCGUGGACGCUAUUUGGAUCGAGAAUAUGAACACGGUGUUGGAUGACAAUAAGAAGCUUUGCCUCACCUCCGGAGAGAUCAUCCAGCUCGCGCCCACGACGAACCUGAUCUUCGAGCCUAUGGAUUUGGAGGUCGCAUCGCCGGCUACGGUGUCGCGAUGCGGCAUGAUUUACAUGGAGCCGGCGAGUCUCGGCUGGAUACCAAUUUUGACCUCGUGGCUGAAUACGUUGCCGGCUACUCUGAACGAGAAUAUCAAGAGUCACUUGAAGGAUAUGUAUCUGCGGUUUUGCCCGCCUCUGUUACAUCUAAUACGCCGUUGUGGCGCAAAGGAAAUUAUAACGAUGCCGGACGCCAAUCUGACGCGCUCGGUAAUGUACCUGUACGACUGCUUCCUGGACGACUAUUACGACGAGAAGUACGUGAGCGCGCUCUCGGAAUUAAAUAUGAGAGCUCAAGUAGAAGGUUGCUUCUUCUUCUCCUGUAUUUGGGCUAUGGGCGGCACGCUGAUGGCCAACUAUCGUGAGUGGUUCAACAUGCUGUUCAGAGCACUGCUGGACAAUCAAUUCCCGGAGGCAGUACGGACACGCUUCGACAUCCCGCCGGAAAUCGGAGACCCGAAGCAGCCGUACGUGGCUUCUUUGCCGCCCACCGGCUCGGUUUUCGACUAUAAAUUCAUCAAGAAGGGUAAGGGCGAAUGGAAGCCUUGGCUGGACGAUCUCAAGGACGCCCCGCCGAUCCCUAGAGACAUGCCGGUGAAUCAGAUCAUCGUCUCCACGGUGGAAACCGUUCGAUAUUUCCAUCUUUUCCACUACCUCGUCGGCCACCACAAGCCGGUCCUUUUGGUCGGACCGACCGGCACCGGGAAGUCCGUCUACAUUAUGGAGUAUUUGCUGAAGAGGGCCGACCCCGAAAUCUUCAAGCCGCUCUUCGUGAUAUUUUCCGCGCAGACCACGGCAAAUCAGACGCAGGAUAUUAUUAUGAGCAAGCUGGACCGACGAAAAAAGGCUUUAUUCGGUGCGCCGCCCGGCAAGCAUUGGGUGAUCUUCGUGGACGAUCUGUCCAUGCCGCAGAAGGAGGUGUACGGCGCGCAGCCCCCGAUCGAGCUCCUGCGACAAUGGCUGGAUCAUUACACCUGGUACGAUCGGAAGGAUAUAACGCCGUUCAAGCUAAUCGAUAUACAGUUGAUGUGCGCGAUGGGGCCACCCUCGAGCGGCCUGGACGUCACGCCGCGUUUCAAGCGGCACUUCUUCACCCUCGGCAUCUCCGAGUUCGAGGACGACGUGCUGGUUACGAUCUUCGGCAGGAUCACCGCCUGGCACUUCAUCACCCGCGACUUCCCGCAUUUCUACGGGCCGUGCGUAGACCAUGUGGUCUACGGCACUCUCGACAUCUACAAGGAGACCAGGAAGAACCUGCUGCCGACCCCUGCUAAAUCGCACUACUUGUUCAACCUGCGGGACUUCUCGCGGGUUAUUCAAGGCGUGUUGCUCUCCACUCCUCAGGGCAUCAUCAGCCCGGCCGGCAUAAGGCGUUUGUGGGUCCACGAGGUCCUUCGCGUUUACGGCGACCGGCUGAUCGAUGAGACCGACAACAAGUGGCUGGUGGGUCAGCUCCGAAGGACCAUGAAGGAACACAUGGACGACAACAUGGACGAAUUAUUCGCGGACCUGCUGGACGAGUCCAGCGCGCAAGUGACCGAAGUGCAUCUGCGAAACCUCAUCUUCUGCGACUUCCACGACCCGAUGGCGGAUCAGAAGGUGUACAUCGAGAUUUUCGACUGGGACUCGCUCGCUUUGUCGGUGGAGGAGUAUCUCGCGGAAUACAACUCGCUCUCGAAGACGCCCAUGGAUCUGGUGCUCUUCAGAUUCGCGAUAGAGCAUCUCUCGAAGAUCUGCCGAGUGAUGAUGCAGCCGCGAAGCCACGCUCUUCUGGUCGGCAUGGGAGGCUCAGGUCGGCAAUCUCUGACAAAACUGGCGAGUCACAUAUCCGACUACGAGCUCUUCCAGAUCCAAAUGACUCAGCAGUACGGCCUUCACGAGUGGAGUGACGACCUAAAGCUCAUCCUGCGGAGAAGCGCAGCUACCGAUCUGCACACUGUCUUUCUCUUUAUGGACACGCAGAUCAAGGAAGAGACUUUCUUGGAGGACAUCAGCAAUCUCCUAAACUCCGGCGAGGUGCCGAAUCUCUUCAUGGCCGACGAGAAGGGUGAGAUUUGCGAGCAAAUGCGAGUCAUCGAUCGGCAAAGAGACAGGUCGAUGCAGACAGACGGCAGCCCGGUGGCGCUCUUCAACUUCUUCGUGCAGACAGUGCGCGAGCACCUGCACGUGGUGCUGACGAUGUCGCCGAUCGGCGACAGCUUCCGCACGCGAAUCCGCAAGUUCCCCGCCCUGGUGAACUGCUGCACCAUCGAUUGGCUGCAGCCGUGGCCGGAGGACGCGCUGCUCGCCGUGGCGAGCAAGUUCCUCGGCGAGAUCGACAUGCCGACGGAGGAGCGUCAGGCCUGCAUCGAGAUGUGCCAAUACUUCCACAUGUCUACGCAGGAUCUCACCAGGGACUUCCGCAGGAUGCUGAAUCGUUACAAUUACGUCACGCCGACGUCGUACCUCGAGCUCAUCAACACCUUCAAGGACCUGCUGGGUCGAAAGCGAAAAGAGAUCCUGGACAGCAAAAAACGCUACGAGGGCGGACUCGAUAGGCUGGACAGCACGCACAAACAGGUCGAAAAGAUGCAGGAGAUCCUGGUGGCCUUGCAGCCGAAGCUGUUGAUAGCUGCGAAGGACGUGGAGCGUAUGUUCUUGGACGUGCAGCGGGAGAGCGAGGAAGCCAGCGCGAUGGAGCAGGUCGUCAAAAAGGACGAAGAGGCCGCUUUGGUCGUCGCCGCGGAAGCCAACAAAAUCCGCGCGGAGUGCGACGCGGAUCUGCAGCAAGUGAUGCCGAUACUGAACGCGGCGAACGAAGCACUGAACACCUUGACCCCGCAGGACAUUCAGAUCGUGAAGUCCAUGAAGCGCCCGCCGGCCGGUGUGCGAUUGGUCAUGGCAGCGAUCUGCAUAUUGAAAGACGCGAAGCCGGAGAAGAUUCAGACUGCGGAGGGCGUGGUGGAGGACUAUUGGAAGGCCUCGCUGCGCAUAUUGGGCGACAUGCGGUUCCUAGAGUCUUUGCUCACCUACGACAAGGACCAUAUCCCGGAGCGGAUCAUGACGAAGAUCCGCACGACGAUCCUGACGAACCCGAACUUCGACCCAGAACACAUCAGGACCGUGUCGACCGCCUGCGAAGGUCUCUGCCGUUGGGUGUUCGCGUUGUCGGAAUACGACAAGGUCGCCAAGGUGGUAGCGCCGAAGAAACAAGCACUGGCUCAAGCCGAGGCCGACUACGCCUCCGCGAUGGAGCAGUUGAAGCUGAAGAGGAUCCAGCUGCAGGAGGUGCGGGACAGAUUGGCCAAUCUCGAGACUCUGUUGGCCCAACGAAAGGCGGACUACAAGGCGAUGAACGAGGAGGUGAAGGAGUGCGAGGAGAAGCUGAGGAGAGCCAAGGAGCUGAUCGGCGGACUCGGCGGCGAGUACGCCAGAUGGUCGGAGAACGCCAAAUCGCUCGGCGAAAAGUAUUUCAAGCUGACAGGCGACAUCCUGAUCAGCUCGGGGGUAGUGGCUUACUUGGGCGUGUUCACGACGCAGUUUCGACAGCAGCAGCUGGAGAACUGGGUGGCAUUCUGCACCAGUCUGAACGUCGUCUGCACCUACGACUACCAGUUGACUCAGGUGCUGGGCGAGCCGGUGCUUAUCAGGUCCUGGAAUAUAUUCGGCCUGCCGACCGACCUCUUCUCCAUCGACAACGCCAUCAUCGUCAAGAAUUCGCGCCGAUGGCCGCUGAUGAUCGACCCGCAGGGCCAGGCGAACAAGUGGGUGAAGAACAUGGAGAAGGCGUCCAACUUGAACGUCAUCAAGCUGGACCAGCCGGAUUACGUGAGGGUCUUGGAGAACGCCGUGCAAUUCGGGCAACCGGUCCUGCUGGAGAACAUCGGCGAGGAGUUGGACGCAGCUCUGGAGCCGUUGCUCAUGAAGCAGACCUUCCGGUCCGGCGGCGCGCUCUACAUCAAGAUCGGCGACACCAUCAUCGAGUACUCCGACAAGUUCCGAUUUUACAUCACCACGAAACUGCGGAAUCCGCAUUACCUGCCGGAAGUGGUGGUGAAGGUGACGUUGCUGAACUUCAUGAUCACUCCGGUCGGUCUGGACGAUCAGCUUUUGGGUAUAGUCGUCGCAAAAGAGAGACCCGACCUCGAAACCGAGAAGAAUCAGCUGAUAAUUCAAGGAGCAGCUAAUAAAAAGAUGUUACAGGAGAUAGAGAGUGAGAUCUUGGAAGUAUUGUCGGGCGCCCAGGCGAAUAUACUCGAGGACGAGACAGCCAUUGCCGUGUUAAGCUCCUCAAAGACUCUGUCCGACGAGAUUCAAGCUAAGCAAACCGCCGCCGAGGUCACCGAGAAGUCUAUCGACGCGGCGAGAUUGGAGUACACGCCGAUCGCGGUCUACAGCACGGUCCUGUUCUUCACAAUCGCCAUGUUGGCGAACAUCGAUCCGAUGUACCAGUACUCGCUCGUCUGGUUCGUCAAUCUCUUCAAGAACACGAUCGAGAAUACGCCGCGUGCGGAGAGCAUAAGGCAACGUUUGGAGGACCUCACCAAGUACUUCACCUAUUCGCUGUACGUCAAUAUAUGCCGAUCGCUCUUCGAGAAGGACAAGCUGCUCUUUUCGAUCCUGCUGUCCGUGAACUUGCUGAACAAGCAGGGCGAGCUGUCGAUGGCCCAGUGGAUGUUUCUACUGACCGGCGGCGUCGGCCUCGAGAAUCCCUUCGCGAAUCCCACCGAUUGGCUGCCGUCGCGGUCCUGGGACGAGUUGUGCCGGUUGGACGACGUGCCGGGAUUUACGGGAAUAAAAGACAACUACACGAGAAACGUCGGCGAGUGGAAGAAGGUAUUCGAUCACAGGGAGCCUCAUACCCUCCUUUUUCCCGCGCCUUGGAACAAACUCGGCAACUUCGAAAGGAUGCUGGUGCUUCGUUGCAUUCGUCCCGACAAAAUCAUGCCGGCGGCGCAAUUAUUCGUCAAAGAGCAAUUAGGGCAUCAAUUCAUCGAGCCACCGCCCUUCGACCUGCCGGCCUCCUACGCGGACUCCAACUCCUGCGUGCCGCUCAUAUUCGUCCUGACGCCCGGCGCGGAUCCCAUGGCGAUCCUGCUGAAGUUCGCCGACGACCAAGGCUUCGGCGCCAGCAGGCUGUUCUCGUUGUCCCUGGGUCAGGGCCAAGGGAUCAUAGCCGUCGGUCUCAUUGACGAAGGCGUGAAAAACGGCACUUGGGUGGUGCUGCAGAACUGCCACGUCGCCAAGAGCUUCAUGCCCGCCCUGGAAAAGAUCUGCGAGAACUUCACGCCGGACACGGUGCAUCCGGACUUCCGGCUUUGGCUGACGAGCUACCCGUUCGAAUACUUCCCAGUCAGCGUUCUCCAGAACGGCGUGAAGAUGACGAACGAGCCGCCCAAAGGACUGCGCGCGAAUAUCCUGCGAUCUUUCCUGCAGGAUCCGAUAAGCGAUUCCGAGUUCUUCGACAAGUCGUCGCAGGAGAGGGCCUUCAAGAAUCUGCUCUUCUCCCUCUGCUUCUUUCACGCCAUCGUGCAGGAGCGCCGGAAAUUCGGGCCGAUCGGCUGGAACAAUCAGUACGAAUUCAACGAGACGGAUUUGCGUAUCAGCGCGCUGCAGCUGAGGAUCUUCCUCGACCAGUACGACGACGUUCAGUACACCGCGCUCAAGUAUCUGACGGGCGAGUGCAACUACGGCGGCCGGGUGACCGACGAAUGGGACCGACGGACGCUGAUCACGAUCUUGGAGCGGUUCUACCACGAGCAAGUCGUGGUCGACGAGAAAUAUCUCUUCGACCCAAGCGGCCUGUAUUACGUACCUCCGGUUAGCGAAUAUAGUCUAUUCCUGGACUACGUGAAGGAAUUGCCGAUGUCUACCGCGCCUAGUGUCUUCGGUAUGCACGAGAACGCGGACAUUAUCAAGGAUCAGCAGGAGUCCUACUUGAUGCUGUCCUCCAUUCUGCUCACACAGGACGCCGGCCAGGUCGACGACCCGGGCGUGAAGUCCCCGGAUGAGAUCGUCUACGGGGUCGCGUUUGAUAUCCUGUCGAAGUUGCCGCAGGAUUACGACCUGGUGGUCGCGUUGGAGAAGUAUCCCACGCGCUAUGAGCAAAGCAUGAACACCGUGCUGGUGCAGGAGAUGGGCAGGUUCAACAAACUCCUAAGUACGAUCAGGAGCAGCCUGGUGAACCUGCAGAAGGCGAUCCGAGGUCUGGUGGUCAUGAAUCCUAAUCUCGAGGAGGUUUACACGUCGAUCAUCACCGGCAAGAUACCGAAAAUGUGGAUGCACGCCUCUUACCCCUCCCUGAAGCCGCUCGGCAGCUACGUACAGGACUUCCUGAAGAGGCUGCAAUUCCUGCAGACCUGGUACGAGGAGGGGCCCCCCACGUCUUACUGGAUCUCCGGCUUCUACUUCACCCAGGCGUUCUUGACCGGCGCCCGGCAGAAUUACGCGCGGAAAUAUUCCAUUCCCAUCGACCUGCUGAUCUACGACUUCUUCCCUCUGAGAGACACCGUUCACGCGAGCCCGCCGGACGACGGCGUCUACGUCUACGGAUUAUUUUUCGACGGGGCUCGCUUUGAUAUGAACACGAUGAGGCUCGAUGAGUCCCUGCCGAAGAUCCUCUACGACACCGUGCCCCAUCUUUGGUUGAAACCGGUGACAAAGGAUCAGGUGCAGAAGGGGAAAACGUAUACGUGUCCUGUCUACAAGACCAGCGAGAGGAAAGGCGUCCUGUCUACCACCGGCCAUUCCACCAACUUUGUCAUCGCGAUCUGGCUGCCGACGGAGCACCCGUCGGAGCAUUGGAUCCUGCGAGGAACCGCCAUGCUCUGCCAAUUGUCGGAAUAA